AUGAGUACAUUUCUGCGCUAUGAACCCGCUUUCUGGGCCGUCGUUGUGGCGGUCUCGGUGCCGUAUGAUCUCUACUACAUCGUCACUUCGCUUAGCUUUUGCGCGACCCGUCUACACUUUGUUUUGUGGCCAUUUGCACGUUUCCCGAUAAUCCCACGGUUGAUUUUGGUCUGCUUAUCGAUCUGGUGUUACUUUCUCACGCCGGCUCACGUCUUCACUUUCACUCUUAUGGACCUUUGGACCCCGUACUCGAUACAUCCGCCAUUAAACCCCAUUGAGGUAGUGCAUGAUCCUGGUGAAAAUGCGGUUGUUGAUGUCUUCGCAAUCCAUGGCCUUGGAUCGAACCCUGAUAGCGCAUGGACAUACAGGGACAACGUAACAGAGAUACGUUGGUUGAAAGAUAUUUUGCCGAAAGAACAGGGGUUGGUCAAUACCAGGGUAGUGAUGGUGAAUCACCGAACUCAGUGGUACGCAAAUACUGUCGAUGCAAGUUUCGACGAUCACGCGGAAAUGAUUCUCAAAGAGGUCGAGAAUGUCCACAAGACUCUCCUUCUCGCAAAGUUGCGAUCCAGUCCUAUUUCCGCCAUGACGAGAGGAAUCCUUUUUCUCGGAGUUCCUCAUAGUGGUACCAGAGCAGCAUUCAUCGCAUCUCUUCUUUCUUGUACAGCGUACUGGCGCGGCUCUUCUACAACUUUGCUUGAGUAUAUGGCUCCUGGUUCCGAACAUAUCAAGGACCUCGAAAGAAAGUUCUAUGAUAACUAUGCUCAUCCUCACUCGACACACACCCUUCUGCCGUACAUAUGUGAUUUCCAGGAGAUGCGAUCGGAGAGAUUUGGGAGAUUUUCUCUAGGACCACGAAACCAGACAGUCGAUCGCAACUCCGGGAGAUCUUCUCAUGGAGACGUUGUACAGCUUGACACAGACCAUCGUGGGUUGAACAAGUUCAGAUCACCCCAGGACCCGAAUUUUCGGCGCUUUUUGAGGCAUUUUAUCAAAGCAUUCGAGACUACAACAAAUGUGGGGAACACAGCUGAACCGGCAACUCCCAAUACUUUCGCUACAAGGCUCCGGCUGAAGGGGCUGGUUGACGAGAAAGGUCUAAAUUCAACCCUGGACGAACAUGCCUUAGACGUGGUGGAAGCAAUGAAAAAUUGGUUUGCGGAAACUCUCAACAGAGGAUGGCUACUUAUACUUGACAACCUUGACGAUUUGGAGACGUUCAAUAUUAUGGACUAUAUCCCAAGAAGCGCGUGGGGUAGCAUCCUCAUAACGAGUCGACGACGGGGGUUCCUAAGCUAUGGAACCACCAUAGAAAUUUCGGAAAUGAGUAUAGAGGAAGGCCUCUCACUCCUCGCAAAGAUUUCAAGGUUCGGCCGGAAUCUUAACCCUGAUGAACAGCGACUAGCUUUGAAGCUAUUACAGUCACUUGGAUACUUCCCUCUAGCGAUUGAGCAAGCUGGGGCAUAUAUUUCGCAACGUGCUUCUGACGAUCCUGAGUCCUAUUGUCGCGCCUUGGAAAAUUACCUUGACUCAUAUGAAAGGAAUGCUAAAAUGCUCCUACAACACAAGCCACUCUCUAUUAUUUGGAGCAACCGCAAUGAUUCUGCUUUGACAACAUGGGAAGUUUCGUUUGAUGCGAUCAAACAGGAGAGCCCAGAGGCAGCAGAUCUACUUCAACUGUGUGGAUUUCUCGCCAAUAGUGACAUUUUUGAAGAAAUGUUCAGUCUUGGCGGCAAGCUUGCUGCGAAUGAUACAACCUUCCAGGAAUCGAUCUCCAAGUUAUCUUCGUAUUCAUUAGUAAGCCUCAGAGGUGCACGCGACGCGUUCUCUAUUCAUCCUUUGGUCCAUUUCUGGGUGCGCGAACGCCUGCCAUUGGACGUACAACAGCGGCUAGCAAACGACGUACUCAAGCUGAUUGCUCGCGGGCUACGCCUCAAAAAGGAAGGGGAAUUGAAACACUACGUGCCAUUCGAACGACGCAUCAUUCCUCAUCUUGACCAUGCUGCGGAUAACAUGCGGAGAUUCCUCAGCUCCUUCACAACAGAAGUCAGCGUCCAACCGCCCUCGAAUCCCAUCAAGCAAAGUUUCUAUGAUACUGCAGAAGGAUGUUAUCUAUGGGCCUGGGGAGCUAUUAGCGACAUCUCGAUCUCCUGUCGUCGUUAUUUACUUUCAGACAUCGAGUCAAUCGGUGAGAAAUGGCGGCUGGCAUACAAGCUUGGUUCCAUAUAUCGGAAUCAGGGUCACUGGCAAAGCGCAGAGAAAAUCUACGGGUGGGCAUUCACCGAGGCGCGCACACAGUUACAUGGUGAACAUCCAAAAACACUGGAAAUAGCCGGCGAUUUAGCUUGGGCAAUAUUAUCGCAGGGGCGAUACGAUGACGCUUCGGAUUGGUACACCUGGCUUCUCGCAUCACGCAAGAAAGUACUCGGCAACGGCCAUCAUUCAACACUUGGUGCUAUGAAAGGUCUAGCCUCUAUAUCGAACCGAAGAGGAAAUUAUAGUGCAGCGCUACAGUUAUACUUCGAGGCUUUGGCUGGGCGUCAGAAGAGGCUGGGGCCAAAUGACAUCCUGACAAUAAAUGUUAUGGUGGAUAUUGCACAGGUCUUCCAGGACCAAGGAAAGUACGAGGAGGCGUUGAGAUGGUAUGAACGAGCCCUUACGGGGCAUCAAGAGACGCUUGGAGAGAAGCAUGAACGAACACUACAGACAAUUCAUGAUAUUGGAUCGGUCUUUUAUCACCAAGGACAGUAUGAGGAGGCGUUGAGAUUGUAUGAGCGAACCCUUGCUGGGCGUCAAGAGACACUUGGAGAGAAACAUGAAGGAACACUACGCACUAUUCAUAAUAUUGCACGGGUCUUUCAUGACCAAGGGCAGUAUGAGGAGGCGUUGAGAUGGUAUGAGCGAACCCUUGCUGGGCGUCAAGAGACACUUGGAGAGAAGCAUGAAGGAACACUACACACUAUUCAUAAUAUUGCACGGGUCUUUCAUGACCAAGGGCAGUAUGAGGAGGCGUUGAGAUGGUAUGAGCGAACCCUUGCUGGGCGUCAAGAGACACUUGGAGAGAAACAUGAAGAAACACUAUACACUAUUCAUAAUAUUGCACGGGUCUUUCAUGACCAAGGGCAGUAUGAGGAGGCGUUGAGAUGGUAUGAGCGAACCCUUGCUGGGCGUCAAGAGACACUUGGAGAGAAGCAUGAAGAAACACUACACACUAUUCAUAAUAUUGCACGGGUCUUUCGUGACCAAGGGCAGUAUGAUGAGGCGUUGAGAUGGUUUGAGCGAACCCUUGCUGGGCGUCAAGAGACACUUGGAGAGAAGCACGAAGAAACACUACAUACUCUUCAUAAUAUUGCAUUGGUCUUCCACAUCCAAGGAAGGUACGAGGAGGCGUUAAGAUGGUAUGAACGAACCCUUGCUGGCCGUCAAGAGACACUUGGAGAGAAGCACGAAGAAACACUAUAUACUAUUCAUAAUAUUGCAUGGGUCUUCCACAUCCAAGGAAGGUACGAGGAGGCGUUAAGAUGGUAUGAGCGAACCCUUGCUGGGCGUCAAGAGACACUUGGAGAGAAGCAUAAAGAAACACUACAUACUCUUUAUAACAUUGGUCUCAUCUUCCAGAACCAAGGAAAGUACAAGGAGGCGUUGAGAUGGUAUGAACGAGCCCUUGCUGGGUACCGAGAGACGCUUGGAGAGAAGCACAAAGAUACACUGGACACACUGGACAUAAUUCACAAAAUUGGUCUCGUCUUCCAAUGA